UUAAUUAGGUGUUUUUAAAUAAUUGGUGGGAGAUGUAUCCAUCUUGAAUCUUGAGCCAUGACCGACUUCUUAACUACUAUAUAUACUUGUGUGUACGUAAAACACCAACUCACGUUGUUUUGAAAACACUUUAAUUUUUCUCUGUAGAGUUUGCUACGUGCGAUAGGUUUUUUGCUUUCGAAAAGAUUAUUGAUUAUAAUAAGCUUUUCAAAUUAAAAACAUGGAUGAAACUGGAAGUGCUGAUGAUGGGGAGGCAUCAUCAUCAUCAUACUCAACUCGAAGAACUGCUGGAUUGCCUUUCAUUGUUCCAGACUUGAAUAUGGAAUCAACAGAACAAGAACAACCCAAUAUGGAAUCAUCAACAGAGCAAGAACAACCCAAUAUGGGAUCAUCAACAGCGCAAGAACAACCCAAUAUGGAAUCAUCAACGGAGCAAGAACAACCCAAUAUGGGAUCAUCAACAGCGCAAGAACAACCCAUUAUGGAAUCAUCAACGGAGCAAGAACAACACAAUAUGGGAUCAUCAACAGCGCAAGAACAACCCAAUUUGGAAUCAUCAACAGCGCAAGAACAACCCAAUAUGGAAUCAACAGCACACGACCAACCUAAUAUGGAAUUAACAACACUGCAACUAUAUCCUUCUUCUUCUUCUUCUAGUGAGCCUGCAAGGAAAUUACCCCGGAAGAAUCCAGACCGGAAUAUGCAAUUAACAGUAAUAAAAGCUCCACCCCCGAAGGACGGUAGAAGAAGAACACCACAAGGUGAUUUGCAGUUUCAGUUACCUCUUGAUGCUGUAUCGGCUUUCAAUCAUCCAAAUUUGAGUAUGGAAUCACCGGGACCAUCUCGUCUUUUAUCACAUAACCAACCACCUAUGGUUCCCCAGCAAGUGUCUACUAUUUGUUUACUCACUGAAGCAAUUAUUGGAGUGGUAUUACGAUUCCUGAUGCAACCAAACCGGCUUAACGUACCACUACCACUUGUGAUGCCACCGCAAGUGUCUGCUAAUCCUCCCUCUGAUAUUACUAUUCCUGAUGCAAGAGGAGAAGACAUCUUGGCAAAGCUAAGUUCAUUUUCUCAGAAGAUGGAGCCAACAGGUGUUGCGCGGACUCUUUCUGAUCAUAUUCUCGAAGUCGGAGUAGGAGAAGACAUCAUAGGAAAGCUAAGAUCAUUUUCGUCACAGAUGGGGGUGGAGCCAAGUAAUGUGUUCGUUCCGUCAGCGGUUGGAUCUGUUUUUAAUCCCACUCUUAAGACGCCUACAGGCCAGGAAACCUUACAUGAGGGAGAAUUCGUGAUAGUGAAAUUUAAUAGUAAGGAUGACUCAAGUGAAAGUUUUUUGGUCAGUCUUUUUCGUAAUUUCAAUGGCCAUACUGAUGUAUUUGAUGGGGAAGUUAGUGGAAAGCUCAUUGCUGCAAAGCCAACCUACGUCCAAGUAAUGGUGAGGAGACGAGCUUAUUAGUACCACCGAGUCUCAUAGUAGAAGAAAAGGCAGGAGGAGGAGGAGGAGGAGAAGGAGAAGGAAGAGAAUCUUGCUCCCACGUGCGACCUCGAUCUUUUCUUGGCUUUAUUUUUUUUAUCAUUAAUAAAGAUUCUAAUUUCAUUGUGUGCCCAUGACGUACGUUUGUACUCGUAUUCCUUCGAUCUAGCUUAAAUCAUUAUUGGAAUUUUGAUCAUGAUACACAAGCUAGAAAUUCAUAUAUGUCAUACCAUACUCGUUUAACAUAAGAUGAUCUGUAUAUGUACUCGAAGCUAGACUUUUGUACAUUUGGGGAGGCUUCUUUGUCCUCACUAUGUUGUUCUUCUUUUCAUUCUUCAGUGUAUAACAGCUUGAUAUUCCACAAUAGAAAACAAAAUGGAACGAAUUUACCGAUCAAUAUUUCUGGCUGAGUCGCGGACAAAGUCGCUCUCUUUAAGACGUUUCGCGGCUCUGCCCCAAGUGUGCACGACAGUCUAUCAACCACGCCGUCCCCAGGA